UCGACUUUCCCAAACGCAACGCUGCCUGCUGGGACUUCGUAACCAUUAUUGUCACCUGAGAGAGAGAGAGAGAGAGAUGGCGGACAAGCCAAGCAGAGCAUUGGUGUUGUACGGAGAUGGGUUGGCCUCAUUCAUCUCCCCGUCUCAUACCCACCUCCAUUCCUUGGCUUCUCUCGCCUGCUGUGGCUUCUUGACCCUCCCUCAUUCCCCUCCUCUUCCUUCUGAAAAUGUAGAUUCAAGAAUAAUUAGAGAUUUUGCGGAGCUAGUGGAUAGUUCUGAAGCUUAUAACAAGGGCAAUCUGAAAGAAUAUUUGGAAGCUGAAUCUCCUAUUCCAUCUAUAUCUGAGAGGUUUAUGGGGAUGAAAGCUGCUGUAAUUACUAAUAAUUCAAAUUUACAAUGCUUCGGGAGCAAACUUGGAUUAACCAUGUUGCAGUCAAAUGAGGUAAUUGACAGUGGCCUUUCCCUGGCUGAUUCAUCAAUUGUGGCCUCUCAAUUGCUGAAGUUGCUUGGAUUUGAAGGAGGGAAAACUUUAGAGACAAGCCAGUUUGAUUUACUUUUUGUUCACAUAGGAGCUGGUGAAGAGCCAAAUGGUCUUUUGGACCUUGAACAUGUCAAUGAUUUAAUUGGUGCAUUACUGCACAUAGCAAAACCUGGAAAUGAGAUUAGCUCUCGGUUGCAUCUGUCUGUUAUAUUGAGUUAUGGAAACUUCACUGAUGAAAAUCCAAAUCUUUGUUUCUCUGUUGCCGAGCAUGAUAGUAACUCUGAGCUAUCUGUCCUUUUCCCCCGUCAAAGCUACACAAUGAAAGGAGGGAAGCUGCGAGAAAAUGUUAGGCACCUCUAUCCGAUGUUAAUUGCUCAAUGGCAGAAUGCUGUAACUCGCAAAGAUGUUGUUGAGACCUAUUCCUUUUCAGAUUUUAAAGAGCAUGGAGGAUACCUUUUGAUACCUGCUGAUAGAUUUCUACACGAAGUGGCAUUUAAGCUUUGGAAGGCCCCAAAGUAUGGAGCUUGAAGUUGAGGCAAAUUGUGAAGCUUGAGCAACGACUGGGAAUUAGUUAAUACUAUAGAUAAAAAGUAUUUCACCAUCUUUUUCCCAUUCCUAUGGUUGGAUGGAGAAACAGUCUAUCCGCAUGGAUUUGGUCUUUUCAAGUAUAGGGCCAGAUUUAUCUUCUUGUUUUUGCUUGUAUUUACUCAUGAAACGAAGGUAAUUCACCUGCGAGAGGCUGAGCACUCAGUCACAAUAAUUGUACGAGACAAUGUACAUUGUAGGCAACAAAUGUUGACAGUUAAGGAACAAUUGUAUAUUCUAAGACAAUAGGUGUAAAAUAAUAAUCAUAAUCAUAAUAGAUUUUUACCUUUUUGU